AUGGGGGGUGGCAAUGGCACGGCAGUAACUGAGUUCGUUUUGCUGGGGUUCUCGGGUUUUGGUUCCCUUCGGGGCUCUCUGUUUUGGGUGGUGCUCUGCAUCUACCUGGUCACCUUGCUGGGCAACUCCCUGAUCAUCCUCCUCACACUGGCCGACCCUGCCCUGCACUCGCCUAUGUAUUUCUUCCUUCGCCACUUCUCCAUGGUGGAGAUCCUCUACACCACAACCAUCGUGCCCAGGAUGCUCGCCGAUCUCCUCUCCUCCUGCCCCACCAUCCCACUUGCCAGCUGCUUCACCCAGCUGUACUUCUUUGCCCUCUUUGGCAUCGCGGAAUGCUGCCUGCUCACCGCCAUGGCCUACGACCGCUAUGCUGCCAUCUGCCGGCCGCUACAUUAUGGCACCCUGAUGAACCGGGGCGCGUGUGCCCGUAUGGUGGGGGCCUCCUACCUCAUGGGCAUCAUCACCGGCACCACUCACUCCAUAUUCAUCUUCACAUUGCCCUUCCACAGUGCCAACACAAUUCAUCACUUCCUGUGUGACAUCCUGCCUGUGCUGAGACUGGCUAGCACAAGCACCUUCUGGGGUGAAGUGGGCAAUCUUGCUGUCACGAUAGCUUUUAUCCUGACCCCCUUCUUACUGAUCAUAGCCUCCUACACUUGUAUCCUUACCACCAUCCUUGGGGUCGCGACAUCCCAGGGACGUCAAAAAGUCUUCUCUACCUGUUCCUCCCACCUGUUUGUGGUCGUGCUUUUUUUUGGGACCGGGACUGCUGCCUAUAUGAAGCCUUGGGCAGGCUCCUCUCAGCAUGCGGACCAGAUCCUUGCCCUCUUUUACACAGUUGUCACUCCCAUGUUCAACCCUUUCGUCUACACUUUGAGGAACAAGGAGGUCACAGGAGCAAUGAGGAGGCUCGUGAAGAAGUACGUUUGA